AUGUCUGCCCCGGACGUAUCCGCUACGACAGCUGCCCCCGCCCCCGGCCCAGAUGACACACCGAAUGUUCACCCGGUGGUUCGUGCCGCGCUGCGACUGAGCUUGAGCACCAAAGAGUAUCGGGUUCUUCACAGUCUGGUGGUGUCUCGCGCUCCAGGGGCACAGAAUAAAAUCAUUUCACCCUCUCGCUAUGAUGCCAUUGUGCACUCGAAAAAUCGCCGCAAUGAGGCCGCCGUGAGAACCUCGUUGAGGGUCUUCGUGGGUACUGGCGCUACCCUGAAAUUGCUUGAGGCGAUUGUCAGUCGAAUUCGCGGAGGGACAGCGCAGAAGAAAGUCCGUGGCCCACUUCUUCAGUCACCCAAAUUCCGCCUUUCCCUUUCUCUGUCCCUCCUGCUUCUGCUACAUCGCCUUCUGUACCGCUUUCUCACUCGUAUCCGUCUCAAUCUCUGCACUGAUGAGGCUAAGCCGUUUCGUCAGCGCAAUCCGCGUAUCGCGAGUGCGCUGACCUCACGGUUCGCUCCGGCUGUUGGGGCUAGUUUGGCGGGCUUUGCUCUGGGGAUCUGCCCUCAGGACCAACUUCGUCUCACGGUUGCCAUCUAUACUGGAACUCGAAGUCUGGAGUUCCUCUAUAACGUCAUGGAGUUGAAGGGAUGGCUGGAAGGCCGCCCAUGGUGGUGCGGUAGCUGGCUACUCAUGCCGAUCUCGUGCGCACAGCUGUUCCAUGCAUUUGUCUUUGACCGGGAAAAUACACCCAAGUGGCUGGGUAAUGUCAUUCUGAAGCUCUCUCCAAGCUACAUCCCGGGUCGGCCUCAAGGUUUGCCCAAGGACGUCUUCUGGCCAGAGAAAGACCAGAUUCUUGAUUCCCUCGCAUCUAUCGCGAGCCUGCGAUGGCCGGCAUACGUCUGUCCAACACUACAUCCCGCGGACUCCAACACCCUGCCAGCAUCGGUACAGGCAAUCUCACCGAUCACUGGACCUGCACACCCCGCUAUUGCUCAUCUUUCCUGCGCCCUCCUUCAUCCCAAUGUGCCUAGCUGCAGCACGGCCUUUGUGCACCAUAUCCUUCACUCUGUGCCCCUCUUGGCUCGUUUCCUCACGGUCGUCAGCCUCGCGCUGAGCAUUCCUAGAUUGAAGAGCAUCAUGGCUCAGCCAAUCACGUCGAUUAAUAGCCUGAGCAAGAGGAUCAUCACCUUGACGGCAGUGCUCUCUGCUUCCGUGGGCUCCGCCUGGGGCAGUGUCUGUCUUUUCAACAACGCUCUGCCUCGCUCGACACUGCCAACCAAGCGGUUCUUCCUCAGCGGUGCCAUUGCUGGUCUUCCAUUUGCGCUUUUGGCCAACAGCCGGAGCGUGUUCAUGUACUUCUUUCGCGCUGCCGUGGACUCGGCUUGGAAGACCGGCGUUAAGCGAGGGCUGUGGAAGGGCGGGCGCGCUGUCGAGCUAUGGCUGUUUGUGCUUUCUUGGGCUUUGAUGGGGUCUAUUCUCGAAGCUCACCCGUCGGCUGUGCAAGGGCGGGGUCUUCGAAAGGCGCUGGCAUGGUUGCGAGGAGACGGCUUCGUUGAUCUGGAAGAGGUCGAGAAGCGGCGGGCUCGGCGGGCCGUGAAAGCCCCCCAGUCCAAGGAGGAGUGA